AUGAGGGCCCGGUGGUCGCCCGUCAUCGUGCUCGUCGUUUUUCUGGCUGAUCAGCUGCGGGCGGCAGAGCUCGUGUUGCUGCUGGCAAUCUGGCGGCAUGGAGAUAGAGCUCCCGGUCAAUUGCCUUAUCCGAACGACCAGAAUAGCAUUGAUGCGUGGCCGCGAGGAUGGGAUCAGCUGACGAAUCUCGGAAUGAAGCGGUCCUACGAGCUUGGAACCUUUUUGAGGAGUCGAUACGCAGGAAGGCUCUUCUCAAAGCAGUUUGAUCACAAGCAGGUCUUCAUCCAAUCCUCCGAUUCCGAGCGGGCCAUCGAGUCCGCGCAAACGGUGAUGGCCGGGCUUUUCCCAGCCGAGGACAAUCGAGUGUGGAACACGAGCACCGGCUGGCAGCCCAUCCCCAUCCAUACAAAUGGCUAUGGGAGGGAGGACCCGCUCCUAAAACCGACGAGCUACGAUUGCCCUUUGUACCGGCAUGUCAGGGAUUCGGAUGUUCGUAGAUUGGCAAAGAAGAUGGACAAACGCUACGGCCCGCUAUUCGAUUGGCUAUCCGUGGAGACGAAGCUCAACGUCAGCUUUAUGAACGUCAAAAAGCUCGCCGAUGUCGAUAUUGAGGCAAGUCGAUCCGAGCCU